AGAGGUGAGCCUUGGUCGCAAUGUCAGGAUCCGCAUCCAAGUCGAGCGAUCACUCCGAUCUAGAUCUAUUCACCGCCGACGACGCGGGUGACAUUUCCUCAAGCAGACCAACCCAACAUUCAGACAACCGACAAACCGGGUCAUCAUCAGCAACUUCUUCAAGCAGAGCGCAUCCCUCGACACCGGCAACAUUAACACCUUUGAAUACCACGGUUGCAAAUGGCACCUCGGAUGGUGCCUCACUGUAUGAAGAAACCAUUGGGAAAGAAGGAGGACCACCAGAUUGGUACAUCGAAGGCCCGGGACGUCGUGUAGGAUAUGAUGACUUGACGGCGAUCGAUUGGAUUUAUGAAUAUACGAAAGAAAGACAACGUUUGAGGAAGCUCAUUGCAAGCAGUCAAGGCUUUUCUGGCUCUCUACGACAAUUCUUCGAUGCCAGCCAAAUCUGGAUUGUCCUUGUUGCGACAGGGGUCUCUGUAGGAUGUGUUGCCGCGGUCAUCAACAUUGCCUCUGACUGGCUCGGCGACAUCAAGACUGGAUACUGCAAACAGGGAAACGGCGGUGGUCAAUUCUACCUCAACAAGCAAUUCUGUUGCUGGGGUCAUGACGAUUAUAGCCAAUGUCUUGACUGGACACCCUGGCCAAAGGCCAUGGGCAUCAGAUCGACUGGUGGAGGCUAUAUCAUCAGCUACAUUUUCUUCAUCUUGUUUUCUAUAAUUUUUGCUAUUUCCGCCGCGGUGCUUGUAAAGCAUUAUUCGCUUUACGCUAAACAUAGCGGCAUACCCGAAAUUAAGACGUUGUUGGGUGGAUUUGUGAUGCGGCGUUUUCUGGGUGGUUGGACUUUGGUGACCAAGUCGGUCGGCUUGUGUCUUGCAGUUUCCUCGGGCCUUUGGUUGGGCAAAGAAGGCCCCUUUGUCCAUCUAGCUUGUUGUUGUGCAAACAUCAUCAUGAAGCCCUUUGACUCGUUGAGUCAAAAUGAGGCUCGAAAAAGAGAAGUCCUUUCAGCGGCUGCCGCGUCAGGGAUAUCUGUCGCUUUUGGUUCGCCUAUUGGCGGCGUCUUGUUCUCCCUGGAACAACUUUCCUACUACUUCCCCGACAAGACCAUGUGGCAGUCAUUUGUUUGCGCCAUGAUUGCCGCGGUGACCCUGCAGGCACUGAACCCGUUCCACACGGGAAAGAUCGUGCUAUAUCAAGUGACAUAUUCCGAGGCGUGGCACAGUUUCGAAAUCGUUCCAUUCGUCUUACUCGGCGUGAUCGGUGGGAUUCACGGCAGCCUAUUUAUCAAGCUCAACAUGUUUGUUGCACGCCUGAGAAAAUCGGAUCGGUAUCCUCUCCGCGAGAAGCCCAUUCUAGAGGUGCUGAUUGUGUCGGCCAUUUCAGCCCUGAUCAAUUUCCCCAACCUUUUCAUGCGAGCUCAACUCUCAGAACUCGUCUUCUAUCUGUUCGCCGAAUGUGCAAGCAUCGGCAACAACGAUAUCUUCGGCCUUUGCAAGGAUACUACUCUCGGAUCGUUGGCUUUGGCGUGGCUCUUGCUUGCUGCUGCAAUGCUUGGAUUUCUAUUGGCGAGCAUCACCUUUGGUCUGCAAAUCCCAGCAGGGGUGAUUCUCCCAACCUUGGCCAUCGGCGCAUUAUAUGGCAGGACAGUUGGCGCCCUGGUCGAAUUGACGCACAGAAACUUCCCAACCUCGGUGCUCUUUUCUGCUUGCGACGCGGACGUACCAUGCGUCAUUCCAGGGACCUAUGCUAUUGUCGGAGCGGCUUCAGCACUUGCAGGGACCACGAGGAUGACAGCUUCAAUUGUGGUGAUCAUGUUUGAGCUGACAGGCGCACUCACGUACGUCCUGCCUAUAAUGAUAUCAGUCAUGCUUGCCAAAUGGAUUGGAGAUGCACUCAGUGCUCGGGGCAUCUACGAGUCAUGGAUUCAUUUCAAGGAGUAUCCCUACCUGGAGCAGAAAGAUUCAACCCAAAUACCACAUGUCUCAGUGGCCAAUCUCAUGACCAACAUUGAAGAAAUGAAAUGUCUGGACGCCACCAAAGUCCACACUGUCGGGUCCUUGCAGAAGACCCUUCGCUCAACGCCAUACCGGGGCUUUCCCGUGAUCGCUUCAAAGAGAGGAACGGCUGGAGACACCAACAGACACCGAUCUCCUCGUGACAAUACGUUGCUAGGAUACAUAUCAAGAGCAGAACUAUCAUUCGCUCUUGAACGAUUCUCCCAGUCAAACCUGGGCUCAGAAACAAAUCCACAAGAAGCAGUCACGCCACAAACACCAUGUUAUUUCAUCUAUCAUUCAGAAAUAGGAGCCGCCCGCGGCAUCGACCUAAGACCAUGGAUGGACCAAACACCCAUCACAUUAAACGCACACAGCUCGCUUCAACUCGCAGUCUCCAUGUUCCAGAACCUCGGACUAAGGUAUUUACUCCUAGUCGAUCGAGGAGCGUUCCGUGGCAUCCUGACCAAAAAGGACGUAUGGUGGAUUUUGUCAUCAUCGGAGGACAAACGCAAAGCAGGGGCCUUUGUCGCGGGCGCAGGUGCACUUCGCGAGUCGGCAGAAGCACAGGAUGAUGAAGACGGACCUGAGGAAUCCAUGGGUCUGCUUCGAGAAGAUUCGGGCGCCAAUACCACCAAUCUGAAUGCCUCUUCGUCAGCAUAG